AUGUCUCCAUCAGGUCAUAAAAAAUACGACUCGCAGCACCGCGGUGGCAAAGUUGACUCGAGCGAGUCCAGCAACCAUGAGCACUCUUCCAUCGACUACCAGGGUUUAGCCGCAGAGUCCGCUGCGGCCACAGCCUCCGCCGCGGUUGCAGCCGCCGGCAAGAGACAGCACCUGAUGGGCUCGGAGGUUGACCCCGUGACCAUGUCGCAGGCCCUUGCCCAUAUCAACAACAUGAAGAACCCGCACCGGAUGAAAUUGUCUGGCGAAGACGUCAAGUUGAUUCUCUAUCUCAUAGUUGAGACCAAGCCGUUCAAGUACGUUGGCAACAGGUCGCUCAGCCAGACCAAAAAGUGGGAGAUUAUCCAGAACAAGUACUACGACAUCAAGUUCAGAGAGCAGAACAACACCAACUUCAUUGUCCCCACCGUGCGCACGUUGCAGCGCCAGUUGGUGGCCGCGAUCAGGAAGGCCGAGGCGCUUCGAAGCAAAGAGGCUGCCAAUGGCAUCGACUUGCUGCCCCACGUGAUCCCCGAGACCUUGUCCGAGAUCGACAGCGACGAGUACUACAACUUCCACCAUGUCACGCCAGAGAGCCCCCAAGAGGCGAUGGAGCGCGCGUUGCUCGACCUUCACGAGUUGAGCGACAAGAUCAAGCAGUUGAAGCUAGAGAGCAGUAACAUUGUCAGGAGCAGCUUCCAACCGAGGGGUAAGUCCUCCCCCGCGGCGACGAGGCUCCUUGAGGACAGCGGCAGCGUUUCGGAGCUAGUGGAAACAUACAGUACUUCAGCCGCGUCGCAUUUGGAAGAGAUACUGUCGCUAGUCUUGGACCAAGUUGACAGCUUAAAGAGCGACGUUGCGGCCGGAGGCGAUGCCGCUCUCGGCAAAGCCAUUGGCUUAUUGGAGUCCGUAUUCUCCCACGCCAACGACGUUCGACUGGCCAUGAGAAAGGACAACGAGCUGGUGAAAAAACAAAUCACGAGGAUCCUCAAUGACCAUGCCGAGGCCAUUGAACGAAUGAAGGAGGAGUUUUCCAUAAAACAGCUUGCCUUGACAAAGGAGCUAGUCUCUGUUUUAAAACGGGACUUGGAAUCCAUGGGGAACGCCCAACUGAGUCUUGAAAAGCUCAAUGCUAUCAGCGAGAUGCUCUGA